AUGACAUCUGAACUGAAUACCACUGGUACCCGGUUGCCACGUCUUCCUCAAAACACCCCAUCCAAACUUUACAACCUCACCAACAUCACCAACACCACCAACAUCAACACCACAACCACCAACAUGUCUUGGACCGACUCGUUUGUCCCCCUUUCGUCGUUUGAAGACGAGUGGUCGCAGUUCAUGAAUCUCGACCACGGCUACAACAGUGGCGCUGUCGACAACUCCAGCGAAGACUCUCCAGCGUCUGCGGCAUUAGGCCUCACUCCAAAUGACCUGACGCCAACUGGCUCUCACUCUGAGACGCCCAACCCGAUCGAAUCUGAGCCCAGCAAGUCUCUUAUGGACUCUGUUUUCAACUCGGACGAGAUGCACGCUGUUGAUGCUGGCAUCUCGCAUGACGCGACCGACCUCUUCAACGCGAUUCUCGCCGGAAACCCGCUGCAGCCGGACAACAGCGUGUUUGGCUCGUCGUUCAACUCGACCAUCAGCGGCGUUGGUUUAGAUGUCAACGCACCGCCCGCGGUCGAUCUGAACGACAUCCUUCGCAGCUUUGAGGUGGUCACGGCCCCUACUGCGGCACCAGUGGCGCCGGCGACAUCCAACUCGGACACGGACGCCGUUGACGUCGCCAUGGCGCUCAAUGCCCUGGAUUGGGUACCCGCGCUCGCUGCUGGCUCAACUACGGCGUCGCCUGUCCCCGUCGCGAUGAAGCGCAAGCUCACCGAGACGGCUAUCGAGACUGAGGACCCUGCCACCAAGCGUUCUCGCUCUUCAACACCGGUCGUCAAGCGGCCCUACCGUCGCCAGUCCACCAAGAACACCCUGACGCUUUCGCAGCUGGCAGCGGCCGCAUCGUCGGGUUCGUCGCUCGUCAUUGAGCAGCUCGAGGAUGUCGAGCCAGCCAAGAACGAAACUGAGGUCGCGGCGACGAUUCGUCUCACCUCCACUGGCAAGCCCUCGACAGCCCGUCCCAAGGCGGUCGUCCCCGAAAAGUACAUGAAGAACGGGGAGGCGCAGACCAUCACGGGCAUGUCAACCGAGCAGAUCUUAGCAUACCCCAACUGGGAGGCUCUGAUGGAGGACGUCGACGACAAGCACCGCACCGGUGCGCUCGCGUUCGGCAAGAUGAUCACCGAGAACCGCGACAAGGCAAAGUGGGCGGCCAAGAAGUCGCGCGACGAGCGAAAGCAGAAGGUCGAGCAGCUUGAGGGCCAGGUCGAGCAGCUCGAGAAGAAGAAUGACGGCAUGCGCCAGGUCCUACUCGGCCUCGUCCGCAAGGGCUUGGUCGACAUCUCCGAGAUCCAGGAGUACAUCUAG